UCCACCUUUUUCGGAUCUCAAGAAUCGCGCCGCAGCUAGAGUUUCGACAGACUUUCAAUGAGUGCCGCCGCCGGCACGCCGGAGGCCGGUGGGGGUGGGGGGGGGGGGGGGGGGGGGGGCUGGCCGCUACCCAAACGCUCACGGAGGAGCAACGAUCCCCGUCCCAGCCUUCCAAUAAGGCAAAGCCCACGACGAAUGAGGGUUUUACAGGCAGUGCAGCGAUGCAAGUGGACCAGACGCUUGCGGAGGAGCAACGCUCACCGCCUCAGACCUUUCAUGGCUCGUCUCCUUCGGUGGAAACGGUGAUGGAGUCAAUAGAACCGGCCAAGGCGGAACCGACACGCUCCUACUAAGACCUGGUUACUGGAGAGAAUGUUAGGGAGGAGAUUGAGGACGACCUCGAAGAUGAGAUGGAAAGCGACGGGGAGGGGGAACCGGACUGCCCUAAUAUUAGAAUCGACCGUGACACCAAGAAACGUCUCGGGGCUGAGUGGCGACGGGCCAUAGUUGUGAAAGUGUUGGGACGUUCUUUCCCGUUCCUUUUCCUGCAACGUCGACUCCAAUUCCUCUGGGCAAAGACGGGCACCAUAUCAGUGGCGAGUAUGGGACAGGGUUUCUACUCAGUAAGAUUCACGACGGAGCGGGAUUAUGACAGGGCUCUCUUUGUAGGCCCCUGGAUGAUCGAGGACCACUAUAUCCUCACUCGCCAUUGGAAGAGAGGUUUCGAUCCGGAUGAAGGGGAUGACGUCCUAACUAACCUGCUAGUCUGGGUGCGACUCCCUAGAUUGCCCAUGGACUACUACGACCCGAUCAUCCUACGUGACAUUGGGAACUCGAUAGGCAGGUACAUCAAGAUGGAUGCUCCUACGAGGGAUGCAUCGCGAGGACACUAUGCGCGUAUCUGUGUGGAGGUGGACCUUACAAAACCCCUGAUAGUGAAGUACAGGCUGGAGAAACAAAAUGUGGGCCUCCAUAAUGUUUGCUUUGAGUGCGGCAGGUUUGGACACAAUGAGGAAGUUUGUCCGACGAAAACAUUGUCAUCCCCUACGGCGGAGGACUUCCAGAAAACUCAAUCACUUAGCUCCCAACGGAAGAUUGAGGAGGAGUGCCCUGAGAUAUUCGAGGACUUCGGUCCUUGGAUGUUGGCGACUCGGAAUAGGAGGAGGAACACAGGGCGGACCCAACCAGCUACUCGUGAGGCCCGCAAGGAGGGUACUGCUUCGCCCGCCCAAACCUCUAAAGGAGGCUCUCGUUUUGCUCUACUUGAGGAUCUCAAUGAUGAACUGAUGGAACACCCGAGCACGCUAGGCGCGGUGGCCAAAGAGGGUGCUACCGAGCUUGAUGUAGUGCUAGCUGACUCGACGGGCAAUCCGCAGGCUGGCACUAACGACCCGAUUAACGACCUGGGGGCAACCGGUGGGCCUACCGUUAAAUCUCGAGGCAGCAAGGUGGCUAGCGGCUCAGGACUACAUGCGGGUACAGGGUUGACGUCAGGCAAUAAUAUAGAUGGGUUGCAAACUUUGGAGAGCACGGCGGGGAAGAAGACUGAGGUGGCUACCAAGAGUGGUAAAAGCUAGGGAAAUACUAAAGGGAAGUCCACGAG